AUGGCGAUCCGGAAGGCGAAGGUGUACUGGCAACCCAAAGACAAGUUCGUUGGUCAUGUUGAUCUGGGUGCAGGGGACGUGGACACAAGAGUGGCAACAAAUGCCCUAGUGUUCAUGGCCGCGCUGUACGACCUGCAGCACAGCGAGGGUAUCCGGGCGGCCAACAAGCUCUCUCGCCUGCACGUCCAGUACGAAAAGAACAAAAUGAAAGUUAAGCUUGCUGCCCAGCUGUUCAGCAGCUCGGUGGGCAAAGCUCUGCUGUACCUAGAAGAGUCGGGCCACUAUGACUUCAUUGGAGCGGGGGCAACGGCGCGCUUCGUCCUGCUUGUUGAUCAAGCAUUCGACUACCUCAACGGCAGCAACCCCCACGGGAAGAGCUUCAAGACUCCUGCAACUGCCAGCAACUUGACGCUCCGACGCGAGUUUUUGGCCGACUUCAGUUCCGUGCUGUUCCGGCUGCAGACAGCAUCAGGCGAACCGGUACUGUAG